CUGUUUUCCAUCAUUCCCACGAUAUUUCAGUCAACGAGUCCAACGUUCGCAUGUUUUCAGCUGUACUGGUCUCGAUUACAUAGGGCCAAUAAAAGCGAACGUAAAUGGUCGCGAAAGAAAAAGAUGAAUUUGCCUCUUUAUUGUUUUACAUCAAGAGCUGCUCAUAUCGAAAUGAUUAGGAGUCUAAUCGAGGCAAUGGUGAAUUUUCGACCUCUAAAACACGUCGGCGGCGAACGUCUGGAUGUGCUCAGACCUACUGAAUUAUUGAGCCCAGCAGCAAAACGGGUAUCUUAG